AUGCAGGCUCUCUCCGCCGCGCCGCGGCUGCUGCUGCUGCUGCUGGCCGGCUGCGGCUGCGGCUGGGCUGGGGCGCUCCAGCCGCCGCCAGGCAGCGCCGCCGCCGCCGCCUCGCCGUGGGCGCCGGAGGCGGCCCCCAUCGUGGUGGCGAACCGCGGCCUGCGGGUGCCCCUGGGCCGCUCUGCCUGGCUGGACCCCGCGCGGGACCUGGUGCUGCAGGUGCAGCCGGGGGACCGCUGCUACCUCACCGUGCUCGACGAGGACCCGCUGUGGCAGCGCCCGGGUCGCCUGAGCCCCCGGCGCUUCCCCUGCGAUUUCGGCGCCGGCGAGGUGCAGUACUCCCACCUGGGCGGCCGCAGCCCCGCGCGGGACCGCGUCCGCCUGCAGCUGCGCUACGACUCGCCGAGCCGCGCCCUGGUGCUGCCCCUGGUGCUGGAGGUGGAGGUGCUCUUCACGCAGCUGGAGAUCGUCACCCGCAACCUGCCCCUCACCGUGGAGCGCCUGCGGGGUACCAGCAACCCGCUGGAUGCUCGCAGCCUAGAGUUUGCCUUUGAGCCGAGCUGGCAGCGCUGCCGCGUGGGCCUGCUGCCAGCACUGGCUGGGCUGCCCCGCUACGGUGAGAUCCUCAACUACCCGGCGACGGGACGGGAGGUGACGGGGGAUGGCAGCCCAGUGCCCGCCUCGCUAUGGGACUGUGAGGAGUUCUUGCGGCUGGGGCUGCGCUACCGGCACACGGCGGCUGGUGGCUCACCCAACCGUGACCUGGUGCCGCUGGUGGCUGAGCUGAGGGAGGCAGCAGGUGAUGGGGCGCUGCUGAAGCGUGAGUACUUCCAGGUGUUGGUGCGGAUCCGAGCUGGUGCAGAGAAUGUGGCUCCCAAGCCCAGCUUCCUGGCCAUGCUCAUGAUGGAAGUGGACCAGUUUGUUCUCACUGCUGUGACACCUGACAUGCUGGCAGCCGAGGAUGCCGAAUCACCCCCGGACUUGCUGCUCUUCAACAUCACCUCGCCCUUUGGCCCUGGUCAGGGGCACAUGGUCAGCACUGAUGACCGGAGCUUGCCCAUUUCCUCCUUCAGCCAGCAGGAUGUGAGGGAGCUGCGCAUUGCCUACCAGCCACCUGCAGAGGACUCUGAUCGGGAGCGGCUCUUUGAGCUGGAGCUGGAGGUGUUAGACCCGGAGGGUGCUGCUUCAGAGCCCUUUGCCUUUGUGAUUGUGGUGAAGCCCAUGAACACCUUGGCACCUGUGGUGACCCGCAACACUGGCCUUGUGCUCUAUGAGGGGCAGUCACGUCCUCUCUCAGGCCCUGGUCCCAGCCCCAACCUGAUUAUCAGUGAUGAGGAUGACUUGGAGGAGGUGCGAGUGAGCGUGGUGGCAGGACUGAGACAUGGCCAUCUCACUCUGCUGGAGGAUACCCCAUCAUCUGCUGUCCCUCGUAAACACUUCACUGUGGCUGAGCUGGCAGCAGGCCAAGUCGUUUACCAGCAUGAUGGCAGUGAGUCUCCUCUCAGCGACAACCUUGUGCUGCGGCUGGAAGAUGGUGGCUCCCGCCACCGUGUUGAGUUUCUUUUCCCCAUUACCCUGGUGCCCACUGAUGACCAGCCACCCCUACUCAAUGCUAACACGGGGCUGUCUGUGGCUGAGGGUGAAACAGUGCCCAUCACUACCCGUGCUCUUAGUGCUACUGACAUAGACUCGCAGGAUGCAGUUCUGCUCUUCACAGUGGAGUCUGGCCCUGCUGCAGGGCAGCUUCUUCUCCGUCAAGCCCAGCCACCUCCUGACUGGGAGAAGGAAGAGGAAGAAGAGAAGGGUUUUUCUUGGAGGAGGGUGCCAGGUUUAAUGGGGAGCUCCCUAAUAUAUGAAAAGCCAGUGAGGGAAUGGUUACAGCAGGAUAUUGCAGAAGGGCGUCUUUAUUACCACCACUUUGGGCCUCACAGCCCUGGACCUGGGGUUGUCUUGGACCAGUUCAUCUUUAGGGUCCAGGAUGACAAUGACCCACCCAACCACUCUGGACCACAGACCUUUGUGAUCCGGGUACACCCCAUAGACCGAUUAGCCCCAGAGCUGCAUAGCAGUAGCAGCCUGCACUUAGUAGUUGCAGAACAGCAGGUGACCCCGCUGCGGAGGAAGCACUUGUGCUAUACAGACCAGGAUUCAGGGGACCGUGAACUGCGCUAUAGAAUAAUCCAGCCCCCCACUGACACUAACCACCCUCCAGAUGUGCAUGGAGCCCGCUUUGGAUCCCUUGUACUGACUGAGAAUCACUCUGUGGAAGUGACCCACUUCACUCAGGCCCAAAUCAACCAUCACAAGAUCUCCUAUCGUCCUCCACAGGAGGAAUUGGGAGUGGCCCCUCAUUUGGUUCAGUUCCAGUAUCAAGUGGAGGAUGCAGCUGGCAAUGUGGCUGAAGGGACUUUUACCAUCUAUCUGCAGCCUGUGGAUAACCAGCCUCCUGAAAUCACUAAUACUGGCUUUACUGUGCCUGAGGGAGGCAGUCAUGUGCUUAGUCAGAAUGAGUUGGAUGCCAGUGACACAGAUACCGAACUUGCCCGUCUCCGAUUCAUUCUGACCCAGGCUCCCCAGCAUGGCCAGUUGCAGCUGUCUGGGUACAGUUUGAUUCUGGGAGCUACCUUUAGCCUAGAUGAUAUCAGGCAAGGGAGGGUGGUAUAUGUACACAGUGGGGCAGAGACCAACAGUGAUACUUGCAGUCUUGAUGUGAGUGAUGGGGUUCAUGUUGUGCCCAUCACAUUGAAAAUGAAUGUGCACCCUGUUGAUGAUGAGGUUCCUACCUUACGAUUGCCUUUGGGCACUGUUGGUUCCUACCUGGAUGUGCUGGAGAAUGGUGCUGCUGAAAUCACUGCUAAUGUCAUCCAGGGCACAGAUGAGGAUACAGAUGACUUAAUGUUGACCUUCAUUGUAGAGGAUCCUCCUCAGCACGGGGACAUUCUGGUCCAAGGGGUGCCUGCGGAGAGAUUUUCCCAGAGAGAUCUGUUGGACGGUGCUGUGGUAUAUGCUCAUACUGGUGGUGAAAUAGGCCUUCUGCCCAAAGUAGAUACCUUCAAUCUUACCUUAUCUGACCUGUCAGAGGAAUGGAGCAUCAAAGGCAACGUCGUUCAAGGAGUUUCUGUCUUGGUGACCAUUCUUCCUGUUGACAGUCAAGCCCCAGAGAUUUUUGUGGGGGAGCAGUUCAUGGUAAUGGAAGGUGAAAAACAGGUCAUUACUCCUGCUCACCUAAGGGCUGAAGAUACGGAUACUCCCUAUGAUGAUAUACUCUGUACCAUUGUUGCUCAGCCCACCUCUGGGUAUAUAGAAAACAUUUCUCCAGCUCCAGGCUCUGAAAAGUCCAGAGCAGGUACAGCUAUAAGUGCAUUUACCUUGAAAGACCUCCGUCAAGGGCAUAUUUUUUAUGUCCAAAGCAUACAUAAGGGUGUGGAGCCUGUUGAAGACGGAUUCACUUUCCGCUGUUCCGAUGGCAUUAAUUUUUCCCAGAGGCACUUCUUCCCCAUUGUCAUUAUCCCAACCAAUGAUGAAGAGCCUGAAAUCUUUGUGCGAGAGUUUGUUGUGAUGGAAGGUAUGAGCCUGGUUAUUGAUACCCCUAUCCUCAAUGCAGUCGAUGGGGAUGUUCCAGCUGAUGAGUUAAUGUUCACAAUCACCAGGUUUCCUAAGCAUGGCCACAUUGUGAAUCAGCUGGUCAAUGGAACUGUCCUAGUGGAGAGCUUCACUGUGGAUCAGAUAAUGGAGAGCUCUAGCAUACUGUAUGAACACGAUGACUCUGAGACAAAUGAGGAUGGUUUUGAGGUGAAACUCACAGACGGUAAAUAUACCGUAGUGAAAAGGGUAUUCAUCAUGGUUAUUCCUGUAGAUGAUGAGACACCCAGAAUGGCCAUCAAUGAUGGUUUGGAGAUUGAAAUAGGGGAAACUAGAACUAUUCAUAACAGAAUAUUGAAGGCUACUGACCUAGACUCUGAAGACAAAACCUUGACAUACAUUGUAAGAUAUGGGCCAGGACAAGGCCUCUUACAGAGAAUGAAGUCUUCAGGAGGAGUUGAGAAUAUCACCCUGGGGAUGAACUUCACCCAAGAUGAAGUGGAUAGAAACUUAAUUCAGUAUAUGCAUUUUGGACGAGAAGGAGUUCGUGAUCUCAUCAAAUUUGAUGUUACAGAUGGAAUAAAUUCUCUAAUUGACCGCUACUUUUAUGUGACAAUAAGCAGCGUUGAUAUUGUCUUCCCAGAUGUAAUCAGCAAAGGGGUUUCCUUGAAGGAAGGAGGAAAGGUAACCCUUACUACUGAUUUGCUUAGCACCAGUGACUUGAAUAGUCCGGAUGAGAACUUAGUUUUCACUAUUACCAGACCACCUGUUCGUGGUCAUCUUGAAUGUACAGACCAGCCUGGGGUGCCCAUCUCUACUUUCACUCAGCUUUUGUUAGCAGGCAAUAAAGUUUACUAUAUUCACACUUCAGAAGAUGAGGUGAAAAUGGACAGCUUUGAGUUUGAGGUGACUGAUGGCUACAACCCUGUUUUUCGUACUUUUAGAAUUUCUAUUAGUGACGUGGACAAUAAGAAACCAGUAGUCACAAUACAUAACCUGCUGGUGAGUGAAAAUGAAAACAAACUGAUAACCCCAUUUGAACUGACAGUAGAAGACAGAGAUACACCUGAUGCAUUUCUAAAAUUUGUCAUCACUCAAGUACCAGUUCAUGGUCAGAUCAUGUUCAAUAACUCCAAACUAGUCACUGCCUUCACAAAACAAGAUCUGAAUGAAAAUCUAAUCAGCUACAACCAUGAUGGCACAGAAUCAAUUGAGGAUAGCUUCUCCUUCACUGUUACAGAUGGGACUCAUACUGAUUUCUAUGUCUUUCCAAACACUGUGUUUGAAACAAGGAAACCUCAGACUAUGAAGAUUCGGAUAAUGGCUGUGGACAAUAGUGUACCUCAAAUUGUAAUAAAUAAGGGUGCACCAACUCUCCGUAUUCUGGCCACAGGUCACACAGGGUUUCUGAUUACCAACAAGGUACUCAAAGUAGAAGACAGAGACAGUUUACAUGUUGCUCUCAAGAUCAGAAUCACAGAAGGUCCUCGCCAUGGCUUCCUGAUCCACCUGGGGAAAGGCAACCAUAGCAUCAGCCAGUUCACACAAGCUGAUAUUGAUGAUAUGAAGAUAUGCUACAUUUUACGAGCAGGUGACAAUGCCACCAGUGACAUUUUUCAUUUUAUGGUUGAAGAUGGUGGAGGCAAUAAGCUGAAGAAUCAACAUUUUCGCCUGAACUGGGCAUGGAUCUCCUUAGAAAAGGAAUAUUAUUUAGUAAAUGAAGACUCCAAAUAUCUUGAUGUUGUUCUUAAACGGAGAGGUUACCUGGGAGAAACCUCCUUUAUAAGUAUUAGUACCAAAGAUGGUACUGCCAAGAAAGAUAAAGACUUCCGAGGAAAAGCCCAAAAGCAGGUGCAGUUUAAUCCUGGCCAAACUGUAGCUACAUGGCGAGUACGGAUUUUAAGCGAUGAUGAACAUGAACAGUCGGAGUCCUUUCAGAUUGUUCUUUCUGAGCCUGUCAUGGCAGUCCUUGAGUUUCCUGAUAUGGCCACAGUGGAGAUCAUUGACCCAGGAGAUGAAUCAACUGUCUUUAUUCCACAACCCACUUAUACUAUCGAAGAAGAUGUUGGUGAAUUGUUUAUACCAGUCAGAAGAAGUGGAGAUGUGAGCCAGGAACUGAUGGUUAUCUGCUACACAAGACAAGGAACUGCAUCUGGCACUGCCCCAAGCUCUGUACUCUCUUACUCUGACUAUAUAUCCAGACCUGAGGAUCAUAACAGCAUUCUACGUUUUGACAAAGAUGAACGAGAAAAAAUAUGUCGGAUAGUCAUCAUAGAUGAUUCCUUGUAUGAAGAGGCUGAAACUUUUGAUGUUUUGCUAAGCAUGCCAAUGGGUGGAAGAAUUGGUGCAGAAUUCCCAGGAACUCAGAUUACCAUUGUGCCUGACAAGGAUGAUGAACCAGCAUUCUACUUUGGAGAUGAUGAAUACUAUGUUGACGAGAGUGCUGGCUAUGUUGAGAUACGUGUCUGGAGGACAGGAACCGAUCUGUCUAAAGGUGCCUCUGUUACAGUGAGGUCUCGCAAAUCGGAAUCAGACACUGCGGAGGCUGGGGUAGAUUAUGUGGGCAUCAGUCGUAAUUUGGAUUUUGCUCCUGGAGUCAAUAUGCAGACGUUUCGUAUGGUCAUUCUGGAUGACCUUGGACAGCCAGUGUUAGAAGGAACUGAGAAAUUUGAGCUUGUGCUAAGAAUGCCUAUGAAUGCUGCCCUUGGAGAACCAAGCAAAACCACCAUCUUCAUUAAUGACUCAGUCUCUGAUUUGCCUAAGAUGCAGUUUAAAGAACCUGUAUAUAUAGGUAAUGAAAAUGAUGGACAGAUUUCUGCCAUGAUAUACAGGAGUGGAGAUAUCCAGUACACAUCCACUGUAAGAUGUUAUACAAGACAAGGUUCAGCCCAGGUAAUGAUGGACUUCGAAGAACGUCCUAAUACUGACAGUUCCAUCAUCACAUUCCUUCCUGGUGAGACUGAGAAGCCUUGCACACUUGUGCUUAUGGAUGAUACUUUCUAUGAAGAAGAGGAAGAACUACGUCUAGUUCUUGGUACUCCAAGAAGUGAUUCUUCUUUUGGUGCCUCUGUUGGUGAACAAAAUGAGACUCUGAUAAAGAUUCAUGAUAAUGCAGACAAAGCUAUUAUUAAGUUUGGUGAGACCAAAUUUAGUGUGAGUGAACCAAAGGACACAAGGCAAGUAGCAGUGGUAAAAAUCCCAGUGCUUCGUCUGGGUGACAGUUCCAAAGUUUCUGUUGUGAGAGUUCAUACAAAGGAUGGGUCUGCUACUUCUGGAGAAGACUAUCACCCUAUAUCAGAAGAAAUUGAAUUUAAGGAGGGUGAAACGCAGCACUUUGUGGAGAUUGAAGUUCUCUUUGAUGGAGUUAGGGAGAUGAGAGAAGCCUUCACUGUGCACCUGAAGCCUGAUGAGAACAUGGUUGCAGAAAUACAGUCAGCCAAGGCCAUUGUGUACAUUGAAGAAAUGAACAGCAUGGCAGAUGUCACCUUUCCCUCAGUCCCUCAAGUUGCGUCCCUUUUGAUAUAUGACGAUACUUCUAGAGCUAAAGACAGAACCAGUCCCGUAGCUGGUUAUCCUGUCAUCUGUAUCACAGCUUGCAAUCCUAAAUAUGAAGACUUUGACAAGACUGGUUCAAUAUGUGCCAGUGAGAACAUCAAUAAUACUCUGACACAAUACCGGUGGCUUGUGAGUGCACCCACUGGUCCUGAUGGUGUUACUAGCCCGAUGAAGGAGAUUGACUUUGAUACUUUCUUCACUUCCUCCAAGAUGAUCACACUAGACUCCAUUUACUUUCAAGCUGGCUCUCGUGUCCAGUGUGCAGCUCGUGCUGUGAAUUCAGAUGGGAACGAAGGUCUUGAGCUUAUGAGUCCUAUUGUAACUAUAAGCAUAUCAGAAGGUCUUUGUCAACCCCGUAUGUCAGGAGUAGUUGGAGCAGAACCAUUCUCUGCCAAAUUGCGUUAUACUGGCCCAGAAGAUCCAGAUUAUGCCAAUCUCAUCAAAUUGACAGUCACUAUGCCACAUAUUGAUGGCAUGCUGCCUGUUAUUUCCACAAGAGAGCUCUCCAACUUUGAGCUGACACUUAGUCCUGAUGGAACUAGAGUUGGAAACCAUAAAUGUUCUAACUUGUUGGACUACACAGAAGUAAAGACUCACCAUAGUUUCUUGACUGAUGCUACAAAAAAUCCAGAUGUGAUUGGAGAAACCAUUCCCUAUCAGUACAGCUCAAUAAUUAGAGGCUCCAAUACCUUACGCUUCUACCGCAAUCUGAACCUGGAAGCCUGUUUAUGGGAAUUUGUUAGCUAUUAUGACAUGUCUGAGCUCCUCACAGAUUGUGGAGGCACCAUUGGGACAGAUGGACAGGUUCUCAACCUAGUACAGUCCUAUGUCACCCUGAGAGUACCCUUGUAUGUUUCUUACGUUUUCCACUCCCCAGUGGGUGUAGGAGGCUGGCAGCAUUUUGACCUACAGUCCGAGCUCCGGCUGACUUUUGUGUAUGACACUGCCAUCCUGUGGAAGGAUGGGAUUGGUAGCCCACCUGAAGCAGAGCUCCAAGGUUCUCUCUACCCAACCAGCAUGCGUAUCAGUGAAGAGGGGCGCUUAGUUGUCAACUUCAAGACUGAAGCCCGGUUUCAUGGUUUGUUUGUGAUGUCCCAUCCUGCUUCAUCUCUAACUUCAAUGGUCAUGUCAGCUGAUCACCCAGGCCUGACAUUUAGCCUCAGCCUCAUCCGAAGUGAGCCAACAUACAAUCAGCCAAGACAGCAGUGGAGCUUUGUUUCAGAUUUUGCGGUUCGUGACUAUUCUGGAACAUACACUGUGAAGCUGAUAGCUUGUACCACUGCUCCACACCAGGAGUACAGCCUACCAGUGAUCUGCAAUCCCCGAGAGCCAAUAACAUUUGAUCUGGAUAUCCGAUUCCAACAGGUCAGUGACCCCGUGGCUGCUGAGUUCAGCUUGAAUACCCAGAUGUUCCUUCUCUCCAAGAAGACCCUGUGGCUAUCUGAUGGCUCAAUGGGCUUUGGGCAAGAAAGUGAUGUUGCUUUUGCAGAAGGUGAUACCAUAUAUGGUCGAGUGAUGGUGGAUCCAGUUCAGAAUCUGGGUGAUUCCUUCUACUGUAGCAUCGAGAAAGUUUUCCUGUGCACAGGAGCUGAUGGAUAUGUACCCAAGUAUAAUCCAUCCAACACUGAAUAUGGUUGUCUCGCUGAUUCUCCAUCCCUUCUGUACAGAUUUAAGAUUGUGGAUAAAGCUCAGCCAGAGACACAAGACAGAAGCUUUGGAAAUGUGCUUUUUAAUGCAAAACUUGCUAUAGAUGAUCCUGAAGCAAUUCCAUUAGUUAAACAACCAGGCUCUGAUGGGUUUAAAAUGGAUUCAACUCCCCUAUUUCAGGUGUCUUUGGGUAGGGAGUGGUAUGUCCAUACAAUCUACACUGUACGUUCAAAAGAGAAUGCUAACCGCGGAAUUGGCAAAAGAAGCGUGGAGCAUCAGUACCAUUCUGUUUUCAGUGGUGGGAUCCCAAGGGCAUCCACACAGAUACGUCAGAAGAGGGGAGUUGAAGGAGCUCCAGAACUUGCAAAAGAUAUUGGGGUAGAAAAAAAACGAGGAACAAACAUACAGCACAUAGCACUAGACCGCACCAACGAGAAGCAGGUCCCUCAAAGGGAGGUCGUGGUCAAUGGCAUUCUCCCUAGGGAACUGAAUAACCAAAGCCCAGAGGUCAGCAUAGUCACAGUCAUUGGUGGAGCUGCUGCAAUUUUGCUUGCCAUCUGCUUAAUUGCAAUCAUAAUUUUGCUGUUAAAAAGGAGACAAAAUUCUGAGAAGAAAGAAGCUGCAAAGGAGUCAGGCAGCAAUGAACCAAUGAUGCUACCAUAUAAUUAUACCAGUGACAGCUCGGAGGUUUGAUUCCAAGACUGCAGGAUUUAAGCUGAUCUCCAGAGUGCCUCAAAACAGACUCAAACUGCACUUUUUUAGCAGCAGAUCACCAUGACUUACAGGGAGUAAAAAAUUCAUAUGCAUCUAGAUGUACUUGAAAUUUUUUUAUUGUGAACUCUUGCUGCCGUUAUCAACCAUAGAGGAAGAAUCCAUGCUGAAUCUCCCACUUUGCACAAGAGGCAAUUCUUACAUCCCUAUAUCAUGCACUAAUGUUAAGAAGCAAUUCAAGGAACUGCAUUGUAAGGGAGAGGUUUUUGUUUUCUUUUGUUUUGUUUUUAUCUUUUUUAAAUUUCAGAAAAGGAGAAGAAACUAUCCAAAGGUGCUAUUGACUCUGUUAUAAAAACGGAAUUCUGUUUCUUUUGAAAUGGAGAAUACUUGAGAGAUGGAAUGCCUACACUCCUCAGUUAAGUUUUGUACUGUUUCUCACAACGAACUCAAUGUUUGCAAUUAAUCUGAAAGGUGAUAAAAUGCCUCAGUCAUGACUCCUCCCUCCUUUAAGCCUUUGACUUCCCUUAAGAUAUACUAAUGAUUAAUUCUUUUCAUUUAUGUUUAACUGAACUUUUCCAAAAGACAGCCAGAUUAGACAGCACAACAGUAUAAUCAGAUACAUGCCACAGUAUGCAAUACAUGUUCUUUUCCAUAGCUUUUUAUUCAACUAUUUAAUCUGAUAAUUUUUUCCUCGUUUUUUCACUUAUGUAUGUUUCUAUAAAGCCAAAGAAUACAACAAAUCCAGGAGGAAUCUUGUUUUUCACAGAAACUGAAUAGUUAUGUCCUCUCAAAUUUAUAAUGGAUCAUAGAAGUUUUGUAAGGUAAAUUAUAUUUGUCAGUGCAAACCCACAGCUGGGAAGUGCAAGUAUUAGUAUUUUAGUUUUGUUAGUAUUUUAGUAGCUAGAGAAGAGGAUAGAGUUAGGUUCAGAAUGGAGAGGAUAAGGUUUUUCCUGAACUGAGUCUAGGAGUCAUGAUACUGGAUCCAGCAUGUGAUGUCAAUUAUCAUAUUAAAUGGCAACAAAAAAAAAAGAGUUGAUGAAAUCAAGUAAUAUUUAUCAUUGUAUAAUCCUGGAACUUCUUGACAAACAUGCUGGAUCACUGUUGAGCUUUUUUUAAUGCAUAACUACUUUUGAAGGAGUAAUUCUAAUUUUCUCUCAACCUUCUUGGCUUAGGUAAUAUAAUAGCAUGAUAUUUCAUAGAAGUUUGGAUCAGCAGUGCUCUGUGUCAGAUCUUAUCCAGACAGGGCCUAUUCUGUCCCAAAGAUACCCUUCCAAAUGCUUGCCCACAAAAGCUCUGUAAUCUUCAAGAGAGAUUGUCCCACUUGUCAUGCUAGCAUUAAGCAUGUGUAAAUCGAUUCAAUUCAAGGAGUUAAAUCAUAUAAACUGUAUAAAAUCUGAAUCAGGCUGCUGAGUCUGUUGCUAACAUACCUGUUCCCUUCCACCACCUGUGGUGAUGGGUACAGGCAGCCCACAAACUAUCUUCAAGUGCAGUACACCUAGCAUUUGGCAUACUGGGGACCAUGAUGCAGAGAUCUGAGUUAGCUGGACAUGAGCCACUUUGAAAGCAGCGUAGCUGUAAGUACACAAUGCUGCAUCUGAGCUAAAAAGUCCGUCCAAAAGGCUUAGUAGCCUGGUUGGAAUGCUGACCUAGUAAUUCUGCACAACUCUCUUCUGAGCCAUAGAGGUCAGAAAUGUUGAGAUUCACUAGCUUGGGAAUGUUUGCGCUAUGAUUCGUGGUACAGUGUGAGUAUAUCCAUGGAAGGAUGUGCUCUAAUAACCUUUCACUCUGAUUAUAUAUAGUUGUGAUGUCCUUCAUUUCAUAAGAUUUCAUCAGUUUUUCACCAAAUGAAUCAGGUCAGAAUAUGUCCUAUUUUUUCUGGGUUUUCUAAAGACUGUGAUUGGGACUGCUUAACUGAACGAUGUUUUCAAUAACCUAAGGUCAAAUUCCAUUGUUAGAAGUAUGCAGCCAUCUUUUAUUUUAAUUAAUCUGAUUUCUAGGACACAACAAUUUUCUGCAAGAUGUGCCCCGUGCAUUAGACCUUUUCCCUAGUCAAUUGACAUUAGUAUGUUCUUUUAAUGAAGCUUUUGGUAUUGUGAUCCAUGUGUUAUGUGUGCAAGACUGAUCAAAGAUUUAACCUACAGAUAUUUUUAUAUUUAGUUUAAGUUGAGAACUAGCUAAGUUGCAGUUGUAACCUGGGAUAAAAGUUGCCUUUGUGCCUUUAUACCAAAUCAUUGUAAUUGUGAGAAAUGCAGAAUCUGUCUCCUAGAACCUGCAUAUUUGGAUAAUAGCAGUUAAUGAUUCUACAGUAAAAUGGAACACAUGUAAAUAAUAGAACAUUUUAAUAUUUAUAAAACUCCUGUUUUGUAUAAGCAGAGAAGAUCUUUUAAAAAUAUAUAUAUAAUAAAUAAGAAAUUAGGUGUUUAUCAUUAGAGCUAUUUUUCUGCUUUUAAAUUUUAACAAACUGAAAUAUCAUUAAGUUACUUGCGGGCAAAAUCAUUCUUAUUUUUAUUUUUUUGAUGAAAUUACGUCAAAAACCAUGUGUUCUACAAGCCAGAUGUUGAGCCCAGUAGACAACUUGAUCACUGCUUUGAAUAGCAUCUGAUUACAUCUCUCUAAAAGGUUUAUCAGACCAAUAUUAUUCUAAAAUUUAUAUAAAAUAAUAGUGCAAACUUUUGAUAACAAAGAAAAACACAAACUGAACAUUGAAAAACUAGAGAAGAAUGAGAGAGAUUGAUGGGUUCAUUUCCUCUAUCUAGGAAAAAAUAUCCCAAUGUUUUCAGUAAGGCCUGCUGGAUUUUUGCCAUUCUUAAGAAACUGGAUUUCUUACAAUUCAGUGAACUAUAAAUACACCUGUAACUGCAUGCCUUUUGUAUUAUGGCUUCAAAGUUUUGGAUUUCAGCAAGAUGUUUUGAAGGCUUAUUAACAUUUUCCUUUCUACUUAACAAGUGGCCUUGUUUAUACUAACCUGAAUAAGUGCCUUGUUCCCAGAUAUGUGCACAAAUAUGUUAAUAUUUAUCUAUCCAUGCAAUAAACUGAAUAUAUAUUAUAUAUAUUUAAUCGA